AUGUGGGUAAAACUGCUCUCGGUAGUUGCAGAAUUUUGUUUUUCCUCUUUCCUAGUUACUGACCAGACGACAGCUUCAGAUACUCCGGAGAAAAGCUCUCUCUCCUCUCCAGACCCUCAGCAGCCCACGAGCAUUGUUUCAAUGACGGAAAAUUCCAGUACACCAGAAGUUAACAAGCAAGCAGAAGAACAAACCACUCAGGACUCUGACUUGACCAGUGAAGCAAGCCCUCAGUACAUGGGAUUAGCAAGGAGGAAAAGCGGCAUCCUGUUGCUCACACUUGUGUCCUUCCUAAUCCUCAUUCUCUUCGUCAUAGUCCAGCUCUUCAUAAUGAAGCUGCGGAAAGCGCACGUGGUCUGGAAGAAGGAAAAUGAAAUUUCAGAAAACACCCUAGAAAGUUACAGAUCAAGGUCAAAUAAUGAAGAAACAUCUUCCCAAGAGAAAAAUGGUCAAACUUCCCACUCUAAGCGUUGUAUGAAGUACAUUGCAAGGUUGUACCCAGGAUCAAAAACAAAGGAGAAUGUACAAUGUUCACAAUUAAAAGAGAAGUGCACUCCCAUCCCAGAGAAUAUUGUGUAACUUUCGCUAUGACAGAAGAUAGGAUUUCAGAGCAAAAUCGUUGUAAGCAGAACAGCCUGUGGAAAAGAGAUAAUUACUGUGACAUGAAAAAUGUCGUCUGAGUGCAGUGCAUGAUGGUGUCCUCUGAGCCAGGGCAAAAAGAUGAGGACCAAACCAUGGACAGAAAGUUCCUAGUUA